AGAAGCACACAACAGUAAGCUGUGCCUAAAGUUCGUAUUAGCAUCUUCUUAAGGCUGCUAGCUACAACUAGUGACUUGUAAAGUUUAAAGAUUUGACUACAAGUAUACACGUAUCCUGUGUUUGCUUACAAAGAGUGAAACAACCGCUUAUCUAACUUAACGAUGUUCGGUUUGUGUCCGUUAUAACGGUAGCCUCCUUCCGACAUGAACUCGUAUCACGUUUUGGAGCUGGUGGGAGAAGGUUCGUUUGGUCGAGUAUACAAGGGAAGGAAAAGAUUUACUGGACAGGUGGUGGCUCUGAAGUUCAUGCCAAAGGUGGGUCGAUCUGAGAAGGAGCUGAGGAGUCUGAAGAGGGAGAUAGAGAUCAUGAGAGAUCUUCAACAUCCAAAUAUUGUCCAACUCUUUGAUAGCUUUGAGACUGAAACUGAGGUUGUGGUUGUAACUGAGUACGCAGAGGGUCAGUUGUUCCAGAUUCUUGAGGACGAUGGGCACUUACCAGAAAGCCAGGUCCGUGAGAUCGCCUGCCAGCUGGUCUCUGCUCUGUAUUACUUGCACUCCCAUCGCAUCCUUCAUCGUGACAUGAAACCACAAAAUAUUCUGCUUGGGAAAAGUGGUGUGGUGAAGCUCUGUGACUUUGGGUUUGCCAGGGCCAUGAGCGUCUCCACCUUGGUGCUGACUUCUAUCAAGGGAACACCACUGUACAUGUCCCCUGAGCUGGUGGAGGAGAAACCGUACGACCACACUGCUGAUCUCUGGUCUCUGGGCUGCAUCCUUUAUGAGCUCCACACGGGGGCGCCUCCGUUCUACACUAACUCCAUCUUCCACCUGGUGCAGCUUAUAGUGAAAGACCAAGUCAAAUGGCCAGACACUAUGAGCGACGUCUGCACGAGUUUCCUGAAAGGUUUGCUGACCAAAGACCCUCAGAAGCGAUUGUCAUGGCCAGACCUCCUGCAUCAUCCCUUUGUUGCUGAUGGUGUUUUAGUGCUGUCAGACACAGGCCUUUUCAGCCCUCUGACAGUCUCACCCAGCCCGGACAUGAUGGCACUGAAACUUCAGCAAGUGGCGGCAAAGUCGGCGCCGACUCCUGGAGGGAGCAGAUUGUUGCGAAAGGCCAUAGAACAGAUGAACAGAGGGAAACCAGUGAGCAGUGACAGUGUGAAAAAAAAGAAGGAUGGAGUGGGAAAUGAAAGGGCCAACUCUGCAAUGGUAGCACCAUCCCCGAGAGCCAAGCCUCGCUCCGGUGAUGUCUCUGUUACCUCAGGCCACUCGAUCAUGACAGCUGUCAAUCAAAGCCCCAACCCUAAGAACCAAGGCAGCGUGAGAUCAAAACACAGGGGACAGAUCAGCAGGGACUAUGAACAGGAGUUCCCCUCCGUAGAGGUCGGGCCGCGACUAGAGCAGAGAUGCAAUGAGGACAGUCAGACCGCACUGCAGAGGCAGGAUGUUGACAGUGAGCACUAUUGGGAGAAACUGGUCCAAGAAUCAGAUCCAAGCAGACAGCAGAGAGAACUAUUAAACCACAGUGCCAUUAUACUUAAACUAAAAUCCAUGAUCCAGGCAUUUAAAGCUCAGUCAUCAGGUGGCGCUGUUAAAGAAUCAUGGCGGAUUCAACUACCACUGAAGGUCUUACGCAACCUUAUUCUGACGUCUGACCUCAAGAAGUUGUACCACAUUGGUCAGGAACUCGGACUACCCCAUGUCCUCUUCAACCUGGUCAAUGAUGCUGUAGAAAACUCAAAUUUCAUCAAGCAGCCAUGGAGUGUCCCAGCACUUGGAGAAAUGAUUGUUGUGCUUAUGAUCUACUGGGAGAAACACCCUGACUCUGUGGAAGAAGAGCACAGUAGACUGGAAGAGUUCACCAAACCCUUCAUCACAAUUCUCAAUCAACCAGACCUCAUUCCUUUGGCACCUCUAGCCGCCUCUGUUUUGUCUCUAUUGACACAACACGGUGUUUAUGUCGAAGUUGAUGCAGACAAUCUAACGUCCGCGCUGAAAAACCUGCUUUUGGACUCGUAUGAGCCCCAGCUUUCUCUUCCUCCUGGCUGGGGACUCUGUGAUGGCCUCCUGUCUUUACUCCUACACACACUCUCUGAGCUUGAACAUGGCUCAGGAUCUUCAUGUUUAGAUUCAGCAAUGUUUUUGGAUCUAUGGAAAAAAAUAGGCACUUCACUAACAAGGACAUCACCAGACGCAGACUUCUGUUCGGCAAAUGGGCUGCAUUCCUUUCUGUCUACUGCGCUGUUUGUCUUCACGAAGGACCCAUACUCAUGCAUUCCUCUGUUUUCUGACCACGAAUCAAAAUGUGUAUACACCCUUGGCCGGCUGCUGGGCACUGACAGUCUUCAUUUGUUUGCUGAGGGCAGUCCAGGGACACAUGAGCUGGAUCUGAGUCACAACAGCCUGUCCGUGUUGAGCUGCCACUUGUUGUGCUUUCCAUUCGCUCUGGACCUGCCUUCACACACCAUGUCUGCAAUUUUACAGCUGUAUGACAGUUGUGGUAUUGUUGUGUGCCUCCUGCAGGUAAUUCAAACUCUUCCUCCUCCGCUGUUAGAGCUGCCUCUCUCCCUGCUGAGCCGUUUACUCCUCUGUGACCCCGAGCGUUCUGUUUCCCGCCUCGGAAAAGCUGCUUGUGGUUUUUUUGCGCCAGCCGGGGACAGCAGGCUCACUGCCUCCAAACACCAGACUCCGCUGAGCAGAACUGCCAGCUCACUCCUCUCUGACUUGCUGCAGCUGGAUGUGCUGUGGGACUCUGCUGUGGAGCUGUUAACUCUGCUGUCCCAAGUAGCUCGUUGUUCCCCCUGGCCUGCCCGCUCUCAGCUUCACCUGAAAGCCUCAGUGCUGCAGCAGGCGCUGGCUCACUCUUAUGACCAGAUCAGGGCUGCCACAUGCAGACUUUUAGGAAAUUUGGAUCCAUUCAGGCCUCCCACGCUGCACACCCUGCAACCUGACAUUUUCAAAAGCAUGAUAAACUGUCUCCAUGACUCCUGCACGCCUGUCCGGCGGAUGGCUUGCAGGGCAGUCGGGAACUGGUUGGGAUAUAUUGCGGCAGGGGCAGGGUUUAAAAUGGGUAGGUCCAAUGGAAAGGGCAGUGACAUGUCAGGGUGGGGCAAAGGGAAGCAACAAAAUAAACACAAGUGUUCACACAAUGUGGCAGCAGGAGAUUUGUCUACUAUAGUAGAACAGGGAGUGGACGAUGAGGAGGGGCGCAGGUGGUUAGAGGAAGCCAGGAGGACGGCGGCCAUGCUGGCGCCUCUGAUCACUGACCCUGAUGCCCUCACACGUCGUCACUGUUGCGCAGCCCUGGGAAACCUGGUAAAGGUUGAUGGAGCUUUAUCCUUGUUGUUGGAAGAGGACGUGUCCAGCUUACUUCUGAGAGCGGCAUGCACGGAUUCCCAUAAUGCAGUGAGACAAGCUGCCAUAGCAACCCUGUGCCUGUACAGCGAGCAGGACGCAAUACGUCAGGUCCUGAGGUCCCUUGAUGCCAGUAAGAAACUUCUCCAGGCAUCACAACACGCACCUCCACAGUGUGACUAUCACCAGCUCAUCGGACAGCUGUGAGUGAGUCCACUUCACUGGGAAUAACAGGUUUAAACACCAUGUGUAAAUACCUCUUCUCCCUCUUUUCUUUACGUCUUCCUCCAGUGUUAAGCAGUGUGGUAGAGGACUACAGACAGCAAUCCCUUGUAUUAAUUUUGUAAGUUUUUUUUAUAUAAAAGUGAACUUAAUACAUAGAAUCAAAACGGUGCAAAUUAAAAGUUGCCUUUUUAAAUGGAGAUCUUUGUUGGGUUAACUGAAACUGUGGCUGUGUUAUAAUAAACUUGUUACUGUUAUCUGAUGUUUCAUUUAAUGACAGGUUGUUCAAAUUUCAUUGAGAAAUAACUUUGUGGCUCAAAGAUAUUGACGGCAGAUUUUCUUUUGUAUUAGAAGAGAUUAUUUUUAUUCUUUGCUCUCCACAAUAAUAAAGAGGAAUGACGAAUAUGUGGUGUAAUAAA